AUAAUAUAAGAUAAGAAAUCUAGAAAGGGAAGUUUAAUAUUGUAUAAUUUAUUUUGUUUGGAACCAAAGUUGGAAAAAUAUAUACAACAAUAAUUUAUGACCAUCCAAUCACCUGAUCUAGGUAUACCUCCAUUUUCAUAAACCCCACACCUACUCCUUCAUCAUAUAUACCAUCGAACCUAUCUCUUAUUUAUUAUUUCCUUUCUCUAAUCCUUUUCUCUUUCUUUCCUUCUUUCUCUGAUCUCUCUCUCUCUCUCUCUCUUUGGGUGUGUGUGUGUUUUGUACGAGAAGUUUAGCUUUUUCUCUGUACAGAAAUGGGCAGGAAAUGCUCACAUUGUGGAAACAUAGGCCAUAAUUCAAGGACCUGCACCAGUUUUAGAGGUAACACUAGUGUUGUGGGCGGACUUAGGCUCUUCGGUGUUCAACUCGACAUAUCUUCAUCAUCCGUCGCCUUCUAUAAGUGUUCUACCAUGGAUUACUUAUCGUCUUCCUCCUCUCCUUCUUCUUCUUUGUCUUCUCCUAGAAUCUCCACGGACGACAAUUCUGAUAAACCUUCCAUUUGUUAUCUUUCUGAUGGUCUCAUGGGUCCAUCUCCUGAAAGAAGAAAAGGAGUUCCAUGGACAGAAGAGGAACACCGGGUAUUUCUAAUAGGGUUGGAGAAGCUAGGGAAAGGAGACUGGAGAGGCAUAUCUAGAAACUUUGUUACUACAAGAACUCCAACCCAAGUUGCAAGCCAUGCUCAAAAAUAUUUUCUUCGACAAUCAACUCUCAACAAGAAGAAGCGACGUUCAAGCCUGUUUGACAUGGUCCGAAGCAGUACCAUGGUUGGACCUAAUGUUAACACGUCAAAUUCCCACCAUCACCAUCAUCAUGCCAUGCUGGAUAAGUUGCAGUUGCAGCACGUUGAUUCUCAGUUAAAAACAUCAAAUGCAGUGGCAACAUCCAUGUCUUCAAAUCUUGCGCCUGAUUUGGAACUCACACUUGCCGCCCCAAGGCCGGGUUUGGAAGAUAACAGUAAGUCAUCGCCGACAACUCUAUUCAUCAGAUCUAUUAGCGUUACUUGACAACUUU